AUGUCGGUGCACUUCGAGGAGAAGAGCGGUGUCGUCCCCUGCAAAACCCCCUGGGGCUCCUGGUACCAGACCAUGGAGGAGGUCUUUAUCGAAGUCAAUGUCCCCCACGGGACCUCCGCUAAAGAGGUCAAGUGCCAUUUAGGGACCAGAGACAUCGAGCUGCACGUCAAAGGGAAGGAAGUGUUCAAGGGAAAGCUGUUGGACACAACUGUGUCUGAUGAGGCUACAUGGACACUGGAGGAUAAAUGUCUCAUCCGGAUCAUUCUCAUGAAGACCAAUAGAGAGGCAGGAAACUGCUGGACCUCCCUGCUGGAGGGGGAAUACUGUGCGAAUGCCUGGGUUCAGGACCAGAUGCAGAGGAAGCUCACUCUGGAGAGGUUUCAGCGAGAGAAUCCCGGAUUCGACUUCAGUGGUGCAGAGAUCUCCGGGAAUUUUGCUGGUGGUGGUCCGGACUUUUCCAGCCUACAGAAGUGACCGAUGCCAUGAAGUGAAAAUCAGUACAUACUGGAGGUGUCAUGUCUGCCUUUCUUCCACAGCCUGCAGAGGAACAGUGGCUUCAUGAGGUCUUCCGUGAAGAGAAGUCCAAAAAAAAUUCUACCUUCUGAAGAACUCAAAUAUUGCCUGUACUCUAAGACUUGGACUGGAGACUCUUUCCACAGCAGCCCUUUUUUUUUGGGGGGGGGGGGGGGGGGGGGGGGGGGGGGUCUGCUGUGAUGAACUGAUCUUGUUUAAGCCUGUUUUGGCAAGUUGCAAGGCUCGUUUUACUGGAGGAUGUUAGUGGGAACUGUUUACAAAAAGCCUGUUAAAUGUGUUGUCUUUCAGUAAUGACAAUAAUACACCCAGCAAUAGCUUUUCAAUAAAGUUUUAUUGAAAGGUACACAAACAUAGGUUAAUCAGAUGGUGUAUUCAAUCAGCCAUUUUGAAUUUGAGAACACAUUUAUUUGUUGUCACUAAUAGAAAACUACUAGACAGGGAAACUGGCAAAGAAAAUGCAAUAUCCAAUCCACAUUUCCACUGCAAUGACCAGUUAUUUAGUGUUCUCUGCACAACUGACAAUUGAAAUCAGUUAGUACUUGUGGUGCUUCACUCUGUGUCCGCAAAUGAAGAACCGCUGAUGAUAUUUCAGCUCAAACAGUGGUUAGCCAUACAUGACAGGAUCAUAACUAGCGUCACUUUCUGGUGCAAACCAGAGCUCCCUCACCACAUCAAAGAAAAAAAAAUCAUCACCUUGGGUAGGAGUGUGCAUUCAGGACAGUUUAGCAACCUAGGGUGGGAGUUAAGGAUUUUGGGCCCGAUUUCUUGGUUCCUUUUUUGCUGUUCACAAAAUCCUUCUCCCUCCUCUUCCACAUGGUGGACUGAGGACCUAGGUGGUUCUAUACUUCUUAGCUUAAAACCAGCAACCCGUUCCAGGAAAUACCAAACACCUUGGUACGGAUUUAAACAAGAACAUACUAUACACCUGUGCAAGUAACUCAACCAGGAAAGUAAAACUUGGCAGGAUGGCAGUAGGUGAAACUUUUUGUCACUGGGUCAGUAAAUACAGUGUCUGAUUAAUGUAUGAUGACAAACUGAAAAAUGGUGACUUUUUAGUUUUUCCUUAAAGAAAUCCAUCAUCACAGAUGAAGAUCUGUAAGGAGCAGAGCUGGAAGUGGGUGACCAUACUGUGAGCAAAUCACCCAAAAGUUACAUCUCAGUCAGAGAACAAGGAUGUAACGUUGGGGACAGUUAUCUUUCUCGGCAGUUAAGGUCACCCAUUUGUACGCCCCGGUUUUAACAAGCUGACUCAGGUAUGGUGGGAAGAUGAGUGAUCUUGUAGUAACUGUGCUUCAGCUGACGUGCAGUUCUUCCUGAAAUAGUCCAGCGAAGUCUCUGACAGUUAGGCUUGGAGCACUUGGUAGUGGCGUAUUCAGCCAAGCAUUUUCCAACUAACUCCCGCACACAGACCAGGUCCCCAUCUUUGAUCUGCAGAGAACAGAUACACGAUCAGAUAGUUGUGCUAACACACCAAGGAGCAUUAUCAGCAAUCACAAACAUGCAUGCUCCAAUUAUUCAGCUCCUCGUCGUAUGCAAAUUAAUUUCCACAAAUACUAAAAUGAAGCAAUCAUUGAAAUUCCUUCUAAAUUACUAAGUACAGGACAUAUUUCUAAUUAUGACUUACAUUCAGCUGCUGCUGCAGACUUUUCAGGGCCUCGGAUAUGCCGUCAACAUGCUCAGGGUCAUGCUCUUCGUGAGCCUCAAAGCACAGGAGAGCCAUGCCGAGCAGAGAGGGCUGCAAAAAACACAAAAGUAGACUUCACUAUUCCCAAAAUACUGCAAAUAAUAUUCCUGUUUAAGAAAACGUGCCUAUAAAUUAUUGGAACAUUAUUAAAAUAAGAAAGCACAGAUGCCCUACUUUAUAUCUGAACUAGCAUUAUUUAAAAUGUUGGGAGACAAGUUAUUUUGACCUACCUUUAUUUUGGAGAAGACAAAUGAGCAGUGACAGGCUUUCAGCUGCGCCUCCAGUCUCUCAAGGCUCAGUAUCUUCUUGCUGCAAAAAGGAAAUGCUUUUAGUGUCAAAACUGCAACUGCAUAUGUAAAAUCCAUUGGAGGCACAGCUCACUAUAUUAAGAAAUCUAUCUGCUUCAGUCAACUUAGUGACCAAAAAAUGCACAUACAAAUACUUUUAUAUACUUUGAAAUACAACAACCACAGUAAUACUGGUCAUUUUUGAAAAGAGGGAUUUUCAUUUUCACUGUCAAUGUCUAAGAAUCCACAUGAUUUCAAGUAGUAUUAUGCCUGUUAGCAACAAAAUAUUUCUGGCUAGUUUUAUCUUUCAAGCAAAAUAUGAGAAGACACAUUUUAGCAGAGUAAAUAUAAUCUUGUUGAGUCAUGGUUUAGCCCCGCAGGUUAAUGUGACCAUCUGUCCUUACCUCUCAGCGUCGAGCUGCUCCUGGAUGUGGCUGUGAAAGAGGCGGAGAAAGCGGAGGGCUGUGGGGGCCUUCACCUUCCAGUAGAGCUUCUCCAUUAUGAUCUUCUCCAUCCUCAUCAUGUCAGACACAGUGAAACGAUUCUGACUGAUGCGGAUUAGGUCACUGGUCAGAGGCACGUUCUUCUCCUCUUCCGAGGAUUUCACAGCAAUGUAGAAGCAGCAAAGGCCCACACAGGACAGGUGCUUCGGCUGGAUCUGUCGGAGACGAGGAAAGUGACAGAGUCAAUUUCAUGACUUUAUGAGGUAGUCAAGAUGUGCAUGAAAGGCACCGGUGCAUAUGCAAACCUUCAUUACAGAGAGGAAUCGAUCCAGCAAGCUGAUGGCCAGCGAGAAGGUCUCUGAGCUGAACCCAAAGAACCUGGUCAGAGAGAGCAGGUCCUUCACCUCCAGCUCUCUCAGUCUGGUUGUCAUCCUGAGGCCGUUGUCCUGAGCGCUCUCUAUAAGCCUCAAGCCGCUCAGCUUUGGUUGGUAUCGGCCCUCCAGAUCUGUCAGGGCCUUCAGCUGAACUGCAAAGGGCUGUGCUCUGGGUCCUGCCACUGCAUCAAUCAUCUUUGCAAACAGGAAAUAUCGAGCUGAAUAAUACUGACAAAAUCACCCAAAACACAACUGUUUAGACUCCUCAUCUCUAGUUUAAACUCGCUAUUUCUACAUAUAUUUGAGAUGAAGCAAUAACCUCAAUACCUUACCCUACACAACUACAAAGCCUUGAAAAUAAUUACUACACCACUUUGAAAAAAUGACCUUGACCUAAUUAUGUCAAGUCCAGUCAUCGGGAUUUUAGUAAAUACAAGUGAGGGGCAAAAUCCAAUUUCAAAACAGUCUGCAAUGGCUGUCUUGCUGUAUCCCUUAUACAUGAAGCAGAAAGAUGGCUGUCUUCUUGCCAUAUCACAAGUCUCUUCUUGUAGUCAUUGUUGAAGGAUAAUUUUGUGUGGAUUAUCUGUUGACUUUACUUAUAUGUCUCAAGUACUAAAUAAUGUGUAAAUGUUCACAGCUACCAAGUGUGGAUUUUUCAAAAUCAUCCUUUACUGCAUGCAUUGAAUAACUUUAAAACUUCUGUCAUGUCUUUGAGGAGAUGCUGUAAUCAUUUAACCACUAUGAUAACAUUCACACAAAGUUAUCAGUGUUCAAGGCUUGUUGUGCAGACCUUUUAAAGAAAACACCCGGGGGUCUAACAAUUGUUUCCAAAGCUUUGUGUGUGAUUUCUAUGACUAAAGUAAAUGUGUUCAAAAAAAUAAUGUUGUAGAUGGUAGCUAGGCAGGUAAAAACAACCAUUUAAUCUGCAGUCAAAUAUCGGUUGGUUCUUUUUUACAAUGUCUCUACUUCAAAAUGAAAUGGCUAAACAAGUCAGAAUAUAGAAUAACUGUAGUUUAUUAUUAAGGCUAGUUCAGGAUUCGGUUGUUUUGCUCAGGAGUUUCUGAGAUGAACGGACGCUUCCAAAUUUGUAAAGUUAUCCAGUCACAAGCCGUCCUCUACCAGCUGUCACUGAACCAGGAUCAACUGGACUAAACAGGAGCUGCUACAACACGGACAUGUCAAACAAAGUGUCUCAGUUAUAUUAUUUAACUCGUUGAGGUUAUUAAAAUGUAUGGACCACGCACUGUUAGUGAAAUUUUUCUAUCCUGGGCAGAGCUUUCGGUGUUAGCUGUAAUCAAAGCAGCAGGCCUGAUGACUGGGAGCAGGACCUGCGUCAUGUCGGGACAUGUCCCUGCAACACACACCAACGGAAAGCUAACGCCGAGCCCGGUGACAAGAAGUCCUAGGAAGCCAAUACAGUCUAAACUGUAAUACUGUCGAUUAAACUACGACACACAACUCUACUAUAAUCGUGUGAAUUAAACUCCGUACGUUCGUGAAGGUGAAAGAUAAAAUUGCACAUUAAUCAUCCGUUAACGAGGCAACUGUUAGCUACAACCGCUAACGCUAGCUAAAAUAAUUUCUGAAGGCUUGCAUUUUAUUUUUUCUGCUGGCUGACAGAUACAGAAAAAGUGUUUCUACUGUGUUGGAACCACGAAUACUAUUAGUCAAACAUAUAUCUAAGUUAUUUUAUGUGAUAUAGAGAAAAUACUGGUUUACUUACCUUGGAUAGUUACGUUGUCUUUGAUACUACGAAAAAAAUGCAGUUUAAGAAAGCCUCCACAAGCUUAAAAUAAGCAAGUGAAACGAGGUUUAAAACACAAAAAGGUGUAAGUAUGAACUUUCACUAAAGAAAGUUUUAAGCAUAGGUUACUUUCUGCCUAUGCACACCCCCUACCCUUGGCGUAAGGCGAUGGGGAAAA